AUGAUUGUUAAACAUGAUUGUCUUCGUGGUGAACCAAUGAUUAACAAUGGAUUAUGUUCGUUAUGGUCAGGAAUACGAGCAACAUAUGGAAUUAACCAAGGACGUGUGGCUUUUCAAAUAAAAGAUUUUGAAAGUGAACCUGGCAAUGUUUUAUUAUUUUUUGCUAAAAAUAAUUUGAAUUUCGAAUUAGCAUAUUGUAUUAAUUAUGAAGAUUUUCAUUCACGUCCACUUUUUCCUCAUAUAUUUGUUAAAAAUGUUUCAUUUCAAGUUAAUUUUGGUCAAUUAAAUACAAAAUAUUCUCUUCAAUCAGGUUUUCGUUUUAUUAAUGAUUAUUAUGAAGAUGAUCGAAUUCGUGGUACAUUAGGUCCAUCGAGCAAAGAAGAAUGCGAAAUCAUUAUGAUGGUAGGUUUACCAGGAGCUGGAAAAUCAUUUUGGGUUGAACGACAUUGUGCCAUUAAUAUAGAUAAAAAAUAUGUUGUUCUCAGUACAAAUAAUAUAAUUUAUCAAAUGAAAAUUGAUAAUUAUGAAGGUUCUCAUGAUAUGAUGGAUCGAGCGAUGCAAUGUCUUAGAAUAAUGUUUGAUAUAGCUGCAUGUCGAAAACGAAAUAUUAUUAUUGAUCAAACAAAUGUUUAUGGAAAUAAUCGUCGUCGUAAAAUGUCUUUAUUUGAUGGAUUUUAUCGACGAGCUGUUGUUGUUAUUCCCGAUGAUAAUGAAUAUCAACGACGAAGAUUUAAACAACAAAUUGAACAAGACAAAUUUAUUCCGGAUUCAUUUGUUAAUCAAAUGAAGGCUAAUUUUGAUUUACCUGAAGUAGCUGAUGUAUUUGAUGAUGUCGAAUAUGCUGAAUUGACUUUUCGUUAUGCUCGUGAUCUUGUUAUGUAUUAUCGUCAUCAAAAUCAAAUAAUUAAAAAAGAAACUUUAAGAAAAAAAAAUAAACGAAAAACGAUAGAUAAUCAUUGGUUUCAUAUUAAGAAAAAUAAUAACAGAUCAAUUCAAUUUAGUCAUGAUCGACAUAGUAAUAAUAUUGAUUUAUCAUUCAAUCAUUAUCAUUCUCCAUUACUAUCUCAUUCAAAACAACAUCGUCAUUGUUUGUCAACAUUUAAUCAUCAUUAUUAUCGUUAUAAAAAUGGUUCAAAAUGA